AUGUCGAAGCUUUUGACCGUUUUUGGUGCCACCGGCAAUCAGGGUGGCUCUGUUGUAAGGACUGUUCUAGCCGACGCUAUUCUCUCGAAACAGUUCAAGAUCAGGGGCAUCAGCCGCGAUGCUUCCAAACCCGCAGCUCAGGCUUUGAUUGCCAAGGGCGUUGAGGUUGUUGCAGCCGACAUGACGUCCAAGUCCUCCUUGGCUGAAGCCAUCAAGGGAUCCGACACCGUCUUUCUCGUCACGACCCCCGACUUUAUGGCAGGCGGAGGCACCCAGGAGCAGCUCCACGGCAAAAACGUCGCCGAUGUUGCCGCUGAGGCUGGGGUCAACCACCUCAUCUACUCCUCCCUUCUUCACGUCACAAACACCACCAAUGGUCGUCUCAAGCACGUCGUGCACUUCGACGACAAGGCCGAAGUCGAGCAGUACAUCCGCUCGAAGGGUAUCCCGUCCACCUUCGUCCUGCCCGGAUACUUCAUGAGCAACUUCACGGCCCUGCAAAUGAUCCGCAAGGGUGAUGAUGGAGUCUACACCCUGUCGUACCCCGUUAGCGACCAGGCCAGGUUCCCUCUGAUUGACACUGAAUCCGACGUCGGCAAAUUUGUUGUUGCGGCCAUUCGUAACAAGUCCACGGUGAUUGGAAAGCAGGUUUUGGCGGCCGCGGAGUACUACACCCCGACGCGAAUUGUUUCCGGGUUUCAGGAGGUGACUGGCAAGGCCGCUCGCUUCGUGCCCAUCGAUGCGGAGACGUACAAGAGUUUCCUGCCUGGACCCCUUGCUGAUGAGAUGUUGGAGAACCAUCUCUUCAUUGAGGAGCCUGGAUACUACGCUGGGAAGGAUCUGAAGGAGAGUCUGGACCUUCUUGCAGGAGUUGGACUCAAGGCCACGUCUUGGAAGGAAUUCUUGGAGGCGAACAAGUCGGCUUUCCAUGCGGCGAGGAGCACCCGUCCUGCCGAAAUUGCACAAGACGUCAAGAGGAUCCUGGACCUCGAGCUUCUUCACCACUACACCGUAUCGACCGCUCCCACGUUAUCCGGCGACCCAGUUACACGUAACUACUUUCUUGUGGGCGUCCCGCAGCUGGGCUUCUCACAUCCUUAUGUGCUCUAUUCUGUGCUAGCACUGGCGGCGUCGCACCUGGCACAUUUUCGGCCAGAGUCGCGUCAGUACUAUUACGCCCACUCGAAAGCUCGUCACAAUAUGGCCACUUCCAUGGCCGCACCUCUCUUAUCCAACAUCUCAAUAACCAACUUAAUACCCAUGCAUUCCUUCAGCAUCAUGACCCUGUUCAUUGCCUUCGCCAACCUGCGAGAUGAGGAGGAUGACUCCAACGAGUUUUUGCCCAGCUGGCUCCCUCUCUUCCGCGGCGUACGCACCGUACUGCAGUCAAAUAACGGAGCCAUAUACACCUCGCCCAUCUCGUACCUCUUCUACUCUGUCAAAGUCAACGAGAUCUGGCAGACCAAGAUUUCAGACGUUGAAGCCCUGGUUGACUUCCAGGGUUACAUUGAAGAAAGCACCCCGGAAGACGACCCGACAAGAGAGCUCUUGCUCAAUGCUUUCCAAGAUCUCAGGCGAGCCCUUGUUGUGUACUAUGGCGAGGACCUUGGCAACGAGGCCAAAGUCAAAGCGUUUUUCACCUGGUUGUACAAAAUACCAGACGAAUUCCUCGCUCUGCUAAGGAAUAAAAACAACAAGGCACUCUCCGGUACGGCUGCCAUGCUACUCUCGAUGCUACUGGCAGAUGGUGUGCAAGGACAACCACUCAACAACACCCAAGGUGUCACACUCACCGGCUUCCCACCAUGUGACGCUCUGAUAACUGCCAACCUAUCCCACGCCGUAUACCUCCCUGCUUCCCCCCGCUACAACGAGUUGGUUGAGACCUACUGGUCUCUCAACUCCCGCAGACGUCCUUGGUGCUUCGUUCUCCCGGGCAACACCGACGAAGUCUCUCAAACCAUCAACGCCCUCCGUGAUGCUGGCGAUGGCGCAGGAGACUGGCAUAUCGCCAUCCGAAGCGGUGCUCACUCGACCGAUAACUCGAACAACAUCGUCGAGGGUAUCACCAUCGACUUGUCCCAACUGAACGCCACGGUCUACAACGAGAAGACCACACAUGCGAGCGUUGGUACCGGAGCAAGAUGGUUGAGUGUCUUUUCCGAACUUGAAACUCACGGGCGAUUUGCGACGGGCGGAAGAGAAGGCGCCGUCGGCGUCGGCGGUUUCCUCCUCGGCGGCGGUGUUUCGUGGUACUCGCAGCGGACCGGCUUCGGCUGUGACAGCGUCGUCAACUACGAGGUUGUGUUGGCCAGCGGCGACGUCAUCAACGCGAACGCGACUGUUAACUCGGACUUAUACCGUGCUCUGAAGGGAGGUGGCAAUAACUUUGGAGUCGUGACGAGGUUCGACAUCGAGACGUUCCCCUUCACGAACGUGACCCUCGAAACCAGAUCCAUCAGCGGAGAGUACGCAAACGAGGUAGCUGACGCGAUUGCCGACUUCCCGAAUCAUGACCAGUCCCUGGCCGAUAAUGCGUUCAUUGGCAUGCUCUCUUACAGCCCGAAGAGCGAGGUUAAGGGCAUCAACUUCCAGGUCACCAACAUCAACACGCUGGGCCGCUCCAACACCACAGCCUACGACGCCAUCAACCGCAUCCCGACCUUGGCACCAAGCACAAAGGCCACGAUUUCACCUAUUGUCGCUGCCAACUCUUCCUCGGUGGCUGCAGCUACGAGGAACGUUGGAGCAGGCUCGAUGAUGAUCGCCACCGACGCGCGAGUUGUGCGCUACGCCAUCGAACAGCACGCCGCCCUCGUUGAAUCCCUUAACGCCACCCUCGGAGCACAAAACUUCUCGACGCUGAUGGAUUUCCAGCCCCAUCCCGCCUACAUCGCCGAGAUCGGCGCGCAAAAGGGAGGCAACGUGCUUGGUCUCGAUCAAUCCCCCAAGAACAGGCUCAUGAUGGUCUCAGCCAUUACUUUGUACAGCGAUAAGACCGAGGAGGACUACCCGGCGGCGUUCCAACUGUUGGCUGCUAUGAAGGAGAGGAUCCUGGCAUUCUCGAGAUCGGUCGGAAAGGGCGAGGAGUUCAAGUACAUGAACUACGGCGACGCGAUCCAGGAUGUGCUCGGCAGCUACGGCCCGGAGAAUGUCGACCGCAUCAGGUGCGCGGCGAAGAAGUACGACCCCGAGGGCUUCUUCCAACACAGGGUCCCGGGUGGCUUCAAGAUUGACAGAGUUGCUUGA